AUGUCUUGCCGCUCCUACCGAGCCAGCUCUAGUCGCCAUGCAGGCAAUUUCAGCUCCUGCUCAGCAGUGGCUCCCCAGAACCUGAACCGCUUCCAGACCAGCUCUGUCUCCUGCAGGAGUGGGUCCAGCUUCCGAGGCUUUGGUGGCUUUGGUAGUCGGAGUGUUACCACCUAUGGAUCAUGCUCACCCCGGAUAGCGACUGGUGGCCCUCGUCCCAUGAGCUGCGGAGUUGGCUUUGGUGCUGGUAGUGGACGGGCCUUUGGCUUUGGUAAUGGGUGUGGUGCUGGCCUAGGGCUUGGGGCUGGCAGUGGUGCUGGUCUGGGGUUUGGAGCCAGCAGCUGCCUUGGCUAUGGCUUCGGUGGCCCUGGCUUUGGCUACAGAGUUGGAGGACUUGGAGUCCCAGCAGCCCCAUCUAUCACAGCAGUGACUGUUAACCAGAGCCUACUGACCCCUCUCAACCUGGAGAUUGACCCCAAUGCGCAGAGGGUGAAGAGGGAUGAGAAGGAGCAAAUCAAGACCCUCAACAACAAAUUUGCCUCCUUCAUUGACAAGGUGCGAUUCCUGGAACAGCAGAAUAAACUUCUAGAGACCAAGUGGAACUUCCUCCAAGAGCAGAAAUGUGCCAGGAGCAACCUGGAGCCUCUCUUUGAGAACUACAUCUCCAACCUGAAGAGGCAGCUAGAUGUAGCCAACAGUGACCGGGCCCGUCUAGAGGCUGAGAGGAACAACAUGCAGGAUGUCCUUGAGGGUUUCAAGAAAAAAUACGAAGAGGAGGUGGGAUUCCGGGCCAACGCUGAGAAUGAGUUUGUGGCUCUGAAGAAGGAUGUAGAUACAGCUUUCUUAAAGAAAUCUGAUCUAGAGACCAACGUGAACACCCUCGCUCAGGAAAUUGACUUCCUGAAAACCUUAUACAUGGCGGAAAUUGAGUUGCUGCAGUCACACAUCUCAGAAACAUCGGUCAUCGUGAAGAUGGACAACAGCCGGAACCUGGACUUGGAUGGAAUCAUCUGCGAAAUCAAGGCCCAGUAUGAAGAGAUUGCCAGGCGCAGUCGGGCUGAUGCUGAGGCCUGGUACCAGACCAAGUAUGAGGAGAUGCAGGUGACAGCUGGCCAACACUGUGACAACCUGCGCAACACACGGAAUGAGAUCAGUGAGCUGACCCGCCUGAUCCAGAGGCUGAAGGCAGAGAUCGAGCACGCCAAGGCUCAGCGAGCCAAGCUGGAGACCGCGGUAGCCGAGGCAGAGCAGCAGGGUGAGGCAGCCCUCAAGGAUGCCAAAUGCAAGCUAGCCGAGCUGGAGGCCGCCCUGCAGCAGGCCAAGCAGGACAUGGCCAGGCAGCUGCGUGAGUACCAGGAACUGAUGAAUGUCAAGCUGGGCCUGGACAUUGAGAUCGCCACCUACAGGCGCCUGCUGGAGGGCGAGGAGAUCCGGAUCUGCGAAGGUGUUGGACCAGUAAACAUAUCCGUGAGCAGCUCCCGCGGUGGCAUGGUGUGUGGGCCUGAGCUCCUGGCCACCAGCUCCACCCUCUCCCGAGGUGGAGUCACCUUCUCCGGCAGCAGCAUCUCUUCUGGCGGCAUGUGCGGCUCCAGCCUGGGUGGCGCCCAGGUUGUCAUGGGCAGCGGGAACCUGAUGAGCACAGGCUCCCGGGUAGGCUCAGGCUCAAUGCUCAUGGGGGGAGCCUGCACCCCCAGCGUCUCCUGCCCACUGCCCACCGAGGGUGGCUUUAGUAGCUGCAGUGGGGGCCGCAGCAUCCGCGGUUCCAGUGUCCGCUUUGUGUCCACCACCACCUCCCGCCAGACCAAGUACUGAGAAUCCAGUGCCAGCCAGCCACUGCCGGGGAAGAACCAUCUCAGAGUCUCCUGCUUCCGUCCGUCCCCAAGACAUCUGGACUCUGGGCUGGAGGGUCUGCCUCUCCCGCCAAGAAGCGACAGCGCUGCCUGGCCUGAUGCAGAGGGGGAUAUUUUUCACCACCCCGGUGGUUCAUCUGCAGCCCCAACCAGAUUGGUUUCUGCCUGACUCCCAAUUUCCUUCCAUUGGAUCAAUACUCACCAUUCAGCUGAACCGCCUCAAGAAAUGCAGAUUCAAUACAAUUGCAGAAAUCCGUGACUGGGAAGAGAAGGAGCAGCCCAAAACCAAAAAAGGCCUUUGGGCCCCAUCGCUAUCCCAGCUUUGGAUUCAUUCAGAGAAUGCGAAGUUGACUGUCCACACUGCAGGUGUCCCUGGCCCACCAUCCUCUGGCUUCUUCCCUCUGCCUUUCCCUGGCAGAAGAAGGCUUUUUCCCUUCUUCUCCUGACCCAGCAGGGUCCACAGUCCUCGGUGGCCCAAGGGAUCCCUUAGUACCCUGAGAUGGUUCUUCUCCAAGGGGCAUAUGCUCUGGCUGCUUCUUUUCCUGGGUUGUUGGUUUAACUCCACAGCAUGUGAGCUCAUGAGGUGGGUUGGGUGCUUGUGGAGAGAUGGGCUCUGCUACAGCUACACACCUGUUGGUGCUAUGAGGGAGGCCCAGCCCUGUCCACUGCAGGAGGGUUUAUAUCUGUGAGCUCCAGGGAGGCUUGGAGUAGGUGGGGUACCUGUUUGUACUGC